AUGUUGAUGCAAUGCAAGCUUAUUGUUUGGGAUGAGUGCACAGUGGCACAUAAGAAAUCACUUGAAGCACUUAACUUCACACUGAAGAAUCUUCGGCGAUAUAACAACAUCUUUAGUGGCUUGAUGAUAUUUUUGGCAGGCGAUUUCAGGCAGAUGUUGCCAGUAAUUCCCCGUGGAACGCCUGCAAAUGAAUUGAAUGCUUGUCUGAAGGCACAACCUUUGUGGAAUAACGUAAAAACAUUAUCGCUAACCACUAAUAUGAGAGUUCAACAUCAAAAUUCUCAAAGUGCUGCACAAUUUUCCAAACAAUUACUCUCAGCUGUUAUUGAAAAUGUUUUCCCAAACAUUAGUGAGAAUUAUCAGAAUUAUGAUUGGUUAAGUCAACGAGCAAUUCUCGCCGCAAAGAAUAAUGAUGUACAGGGAUUGAAUUUCACUAUGCAAUCAAAAAUCGAUGGCGAUUUGGUAACAUACAAAUCCUUUGAUACCAUAACAAAUCCCGAUGAUGUAGUAAAUUAUCCAACGGAGUUUUUGAACUCUCUGGAGUUACCUGGAUUUCCCCCACAUAAUUUGCAAUCAAAGUUGGUUCAUUAUGAUAUUUCGUAA